CGCUCGUCACGUUCAGUGUGGGAGAGCCCUUAUUUAUAGCUUAUAAGUCUCGAUUUACAUAGAUAUUUAAUUUUUAAGCCCUUGAAUCAUCUAUUGUGGACCGACACUUAUUCAAUGAUCUGCGUCUUUGCGCCAUUUUGCAAUUUUGUCUUCAUCAUUGCUGACUCUGUCUCAUCUAUUUGCUAUUUUUGAUUUAUUUAUUUUAAUACUGAAUUUGCUGCCUGGUUUGUGUCGAUCCUCUGCUAAACCAAGACCAAAAAGAAAAGGAAAAGAAUUGAAAAAUUGAAAAAUGCAGCGUCUUGGACUUCAGAUGAUUCGUAGUAAUAAAACCUUCUUGGGCAAUAGAAUGUAUACUACUGCACCUGUACAGGAGCAAAUAGUAUCUGCUACCUUUAAGAUUCAAGAUCAUAAAGAUUUCCAUGAACGUGUAAUGAACUCCAAAGUACCUGUUAUCGUGGAUUUCUUUGCCACAUGGUGUAACCCAUGUCGCAUGCUGACUCCAAGAAUAGAAACCGUUAUUGCUGAAAAGCAAGGAAAGAUUCUGUUGGCCAAAGUUGAUAUUGAUGAGAACACAGAUCUUGCUAUUGAUUAUCACGUUGGAUCUGUGCCUGUACUCAUUGCUGUGAAAGAUGGAAAAGUUUUAGAAAGAAUAGUUGGUCUUCAAGAUACCGAUAAGCUAAGACAAUUUGUUAAUAAAUAUGCAUAGUGUAGCUGAAAA